UCUCUUCUCAUUCACGAACUGAAAAAGAUUUAUAAUAUUUCUUUUUGAGUUAUUUUCUGUUUCUACCUCAGAAAAGUCACAGUAAAACAUGGGUGUUCUUAAUAUUAACACAGAGAUUACACUCACUGUUGCUCCAUCCAGGAUGUUCAAGGCUAUGAUCCUGGACUCUCACAAUGUUCUUCCAAAGCUGGUGCCACAAUCAUUUAAGAACAUUAAGCUGAUUGAAGGCGAUGGAGGCGUUGGCAGCAUCAAGCUAAUCAACUUUGCUGAUGGAAGCCAAUACAAGUAUGUGAAGCACAGGAUUGACGUACUCGACAAAGAGAACUUUGUGUGCAAGUACACUUUGAUCGAAGGUGACAAUUUAGGGGAGAAGCUUGAAUCGAUUGUUUACGAGGUUAAGUUCGAGGCUUCUGGCAAAGGUGGAAGCAUUUGUAAGGUGGCUAGUGAGUACCAUACAAAGGGUGAUCAUGAAAUAAAAGAAGAAGUCUUCAAGGCAAGCCAAGAAAAAGCAGUUGAAUUGUACAAGGUUGUGGAAGCACAUCUCUUGGCAAACCCUGAUCUCUAUGCCUAAAGCAUCCUGGCUCAAUCACUAAUCCAAUUUCAAAUUUAUUGCGAAUAAGAAUUCUGUUAUACUAUGAUGUUUAUGCUUUGGUAAUGAAAUGUUUACUUUGAAGCUUUUGGAAGUUAAAGUUUAUUCAAUAAAUUGCACUAAACUCAAGGAGAGGUAGUGCUGCAGUACA